CUAAGCAAAAUUGGUCGCUUGUUUACUUUGCGCCGAGUUGUCAAUUUAUGGUUAUGCAAUAUCAACUCCUUUGCGAUACCUUCGAUCCUUCAAAGUCAUCCAAAUCCAACUUCCAUUCCUUGUCUACUACACCGACCUCAACUUCAUUGUGUCAAUCAAUCAAUCUUUCAGAUGGCGAAGUCGAAGAUAGCAGCAGCGAAGAAGGUCGUCAAGAAGAAGCCCGCGGUAAAGAAGGCUGCUGUGAAGAAGGCAGUUGUGAAGAAGCCUGCGGCGAAGAAGCCUGUUGCGAGGAAGCGCGCUGUGAGAGGACCCAGCGCUCGCAGUCUGAAGUCCAAGGGCUGGCAUGCUGUGAAGAGGGACAAAUCGGCUGUUGCGCUUCUGCCACAGGAAGCCGUCCGAUUACCAUCGAGUGUAGUUCGCAAGCCAUUCGACAAUAUGAAAGACUACUUCGACCAAAUCCCGGCAGAGAUAUUGGACAAAAUCAUGAGCUACAUCGAAAAGGAUCAGGUCACCCUCGCAGUUCUCAGCGUAACGUGCAAACGCUUUGCCAAUGAGUGGAGUAACAGGACGGAAAGUCGCAAAGUUGAUCUUCGGGGAAGAGUUAUAGACAUCUAUGGGAAUGCAUUCACUCUCCAUAGUCUCCUAGGUUUAUGGAUACCAGACAUGCAUUACCAUUGGCUUGCGAACAAGUUUUUGACCACGGAAACCAUGUUGGAGGACUGGCGAAUGUAUCAAAUCGAAACGGAGGAUGCCAAAGAGAGAGGUCGGGAGAUCAAAAGAAGACGGCGAGAGAAGAAGGAGUGUGCUCGAGAGCGUGCUCGGGACAAGAGGUUAAAGAAGAAGAAUGACCAGAUGAACGAGGAUCAUCCAGAUUGGUACGACUCCUCGGACUCGGAAAGCGAAUCGUCUAUCGACUUCAAUAAUGAAGACGAGCCUAUUCUCAUGAGUGAGGAUUCUGAGUCAGAGGAAGACAAGGAGGAUGAAGAGGAUAGUGACUCGUUCAUUUAUGAUGAUGAUGCCAGGGCCGGUGAUUGGGCGGCUCGAAACGGCUUCACGGGGUGA